AUGUCAAGAAUUGCUAAUCUUAGAAAAAAAAAUAGAUCCAGAGGAGACAGUCCGGAAGAUGAAUUUGACAUAGUACAGAGUUUGGAGGCUGCGUUUACAUUAUAUCGUUGUACACCACUUUACAAGUUCGAGCUUUCUAAAUUAUGCCAAUACGCGAAAGAGAUUCAAAAGUUUAUUGAGGGACAAAUGACUAGAAUUCUUCCCUUUGAAAAUUUAGAGGAGUUCGAGAAUAUUAAAAUGUUAAAGGAAGGGAGCGUAACGGAUGUAGUUAUUUCAAGAAUUCAUGUACCAGAGUGGAAUGCUUUGAACGAUUUGCCAAUAGGAAUAGAGAUACAAUUCAGACCUAAAAGAUCGUCAACAGAACAAAAAUUUCACAUUAUAUUAUUUCCAAGUAAUAGACAUGGCAAUGAUGCAAACAAUAGUCUCUCAUUCAGUCAUUAUCCUCUCGUUAUUAUUAAAGCUCCACAACGAAUAACAACUAUUUUCGCCGAAUGGAUUCAAACCCAAUUCGACUGUAGAAUUUGUCGAUAUCAUUUACAAUCUUCUAGUUUAAAGAGCAUUGUUGAAGAAUGGGCAAAAUUUGUCUUUAAUCAAGGCAAAUUUUUAUGA